CCUAUAACGAAAAUAUCCGAAAAUGACCGAGCGCGCACGAUCCCCCUGUGUGUUUGAGAGAGAGAGAGAGAGAGAGAGAGAGAGAGAGAGAGAGAGAAAGCAGGCAAGCGAGAGAAGAGAGUGAGUGAGUAGGAAAAACUCGGAGACCCGCUGCUUCGAGUGGAAAAUAUACACGAGAAGAUUAUUGUUUAUAUAAACAAAACCAAUAACAAUUAACCGUCUCCAGGAUUAUCUAUAAACUUCAGACUGGGAGAUAAAGGUCUUGCCUUUAUCCCUGGAUUCGUCAUUGGUAUCAUUCAUUAAAAAGGGGGAUUUUAUACGUUGAAAACCUAAUCGAGAGAGCGAAGUGGGGAAAAGCGGGGAGAGAAAUGCAAACGGUAGAGGGACAGAGACACGGUGUUAAUCUAUGAUUUUGUGAACGUGGAGCUGACAAGCCGGAGACUCAGGACUCGGAGGAGCAGUGCCACUCUGGAACAUGUUGCCUAAUCGCUGUCCAGUGACGCUGCUGGUGCCGGUAGCCGCACUAGUGGUCUGCCUGGUGCUAUCGUCUGUGGCAGACAGCAUGCCAAGUUUUGUAAAAACCCCAGAGGACCAAAUUGGGAUUUCGGGAGGGGUGGCGUCUUUUGUGUGCCUGGCGACAGGGGAGCCGAAACCCAGGAUCACAUGGAUGAAAAAGGGAAAGAAAGUGAGCUCUCAGCGCUUUGAGGUGAUCGAGUUUGACGACGGCUCUGGGUCUGUCCUCAGAAUUCAGCCUCUUCGGACUCACAGGGACGAAGCAAUCUAUGAGUGCACAGCGACCAACAGCAUGGGAGAGAUCAACACCAGUGCCAAACUCACAGUCCUGGAAGAGGACCAGAUACCACAUGGGUUCCCAACCAUCGACAUGGGCCCUCAGCUGAAGGUGGUAGAGAAGACACGCACGGCGACCAUGCUGUGUGCAGCCAGCGGGAACCCUGACCCUGAAAUCAGCUGGUUUAAGGACUUCCUGCCGGUGGAUGUAGCCAGCAGCAAUGGUCGAAUCAAACAGCUCCGUUCAGGUGCCCUGCAGAUUGAGAACAGCGAGGAGUCUGACCAGGGAAAAUAUGAAUGCGUGGCGAGCAACAGCGCUGGGACCCGCUACUCAGCCCCCGCCAAUCUCUACGUGCGAGUCCGCCGUGUCCCUCCCCGCUUCUCCAUCCCCCCCACCAACCAUGAGGUAAUGCCUGGGGGCAGUGUGAACUUGACCUGUGUGGCGGUGGGCGCCCCCAUGCCCUAUGUCAAAUGGAUGACUGGAGUUGUGGAGCUGACCAAAGAGGACGAGAUGCCCGUGGGCCGCAACGUUCUUGAGCUGACCAACAUCCGCGAGUCCGCCAACUACACCUGCGUGGCCAUCUCCUCCCUGGGCAUGAUCGACGCAACUGCUCAGAUCUCCGUCAAAGCCUUGCCAAAACCCCCAACUGCACCAGUAGUGACAGAAACCACUGCCACUAGCGUGACCCUGACCUGGGAUUCCGGGAACCCAGACCCUAUCUCAUACUAUGUGAUCCAGUACAAGGCAAAAUCCUCAGAGCGUGGCUACCAGGAGGUAGACGGAGUAGCCACAACCCGCUACAGCAUCGGAGGUCUGAGCCCCUACUCGGAGUACGAGUUCCGGGUGAUUGCAGUCAAUAACAUCGGCAGGGGCCCCCCCAGUAACCUUGUGGAUGCCCGCACUGGGGAGCAGGCCCCCUCCUCUCCUCCCCUGCGGGUUCAGGCUCGCAUGCUGAGUGCGAGCACCAUACUGGUGCAGUGGGAGCCUCCAGAGGAGUCCAAUGGGCAGAUCCGUGGCUACCGCGUUUACUACAGCGAUGACCUGCAGAGGCCCCUCAGCUCCUGGAACAAACACAACACGGAUGACAGCCGCCUCACGACUGUCUCGAACCUCGUCACUGGCACCACCUACAGCAUCCGCGUCCUGGGCUUCACCUCCGUCGGGGACGGGCCCCCCUCAGAUGUGCUCCAGGUCAAAGCGCAGCAGGGCGUGCCCGCCCAGCCCUCGAAUUUCCAAGCGGAGGCAGAGUCGGAUACCCGGAUAAUGCUGACCUGGUUACUGCCGACGCAGGAGCGGAUCAUCAAAUACGAGCUGGAAUACUGGGAGGAAGGGUCUGACAAAAAGCAACGCUUGAACCUGAACCCAGCUGACUCGUAUGCAGUGGAGGGCUUGAAGCCGGACACCAUGUACAAGUUCACCCUUGCUGCACACUCUGACAUCGGAGUGGGAGUCUACACACAGCCCAUAGAGGCCAGGACAGCACAGUCCACCCCCUCUGCCCCCCCUCAGGAAGUGCAUGCUGUCAGUCUCAGCUCCACCAGCAUCAAGGUGAGUUGGGUAGCGCCCCCUGCUGGGAGCCGCCACGGAGCCAUUGUCCAGUACACAGUUGCCUACCAGGCUGUAAACGGGGAGGACAGUGAGAAGCACGAGGUGUCCAGCAUUUCAGCUGAGGCCACCAGCUAUGUCAUGGAAGCCCUGGAGAAGUGGACAGAGUAUAUGGUGUGGGUGAGAGCUCACACUGACGUGGGGCCAGGACCUGAGAGCCCUCCAGUGCAUGUGCGAACCGACGAGGAUGUGCCUAGCGCACCCCCAAGGAAAGUGGAAGCAGAGGCCAUCAACUCCACAGCAAUCCGAGUGACGUGGAAAGCACCGCUGUCCAACAAACAGCACGGGCAGAUCCGAGGGUACCAGGUGACUUACUCCCGACUGGAGAACAGCGAGCCACGAGGACAGCCACUCAUCAAGGACGUCAUGCUUCCAGAGGCACAGUGGAAAGUUGAGGAGCCUGCGGACUAUGAGGCUGUUAUAACGGGACUCCUCUCUGAAACCACAUACUCAAUUACGAUAGCUGCGUACACCACAAAAGGGGAUGGGGCUCGAAGCAAAGCCAAGGUGAUCUCCACCAUGGGAGCUGUUCCAGGGAAGCCCACCAUGAUGAUCAGCCCCACCAUGUUGAAUACAGCCCUGAUCCAGUGGCAGCCCCCCAAGGACAUGGUGGGUGAGCUGAUCGGGUACCAGCUUCAGUAUAAGCGGGUGGAGGAGGAAACUUACCACGUUGUCGAUUUAAAAAAGAACGACGACCACUACACUGUCACAGGACUACACAAGGGGGCCACCUACAUCUUCAGGCUGUCUGCGAAGAACCGAGCAGGUAACGGCGAGCAGUACGUCAAGGAGAUCACCACCACAGAGGACACUCCCAGUGGCUUCCCCCAGAACCUGCGGGUAGUGAGCCUCACUACCUCCACCACGGAGCUGGCCUGGGAACCCCCGCUGCUGGCAGAAAGGAACGGCAAGAUCGUGCAGUACACCGUGGUCUACCGGGACAUCAACAGCCUGCAGAACCACACCAACGUCACAUUUGAAACACACAUCGUCCUCAGCAACCUCCAGCCUGAUACCACUUAUGAUAUCCGAGUCCGCUCCUUUACAAGCAAGGGGCCCGGACCAAUCAGCCCCAGCAUCCAGAGCAGGACUAUGCCUGUGGAGCAAGUGUUUGCCAAGAGCUUCCGAGUGAAGGCAGUGAUGAAAACAUCAGUAUUAUUGACUUGGGAAGUGCCUGAAUCCUACAAAUCUCAAGUGCCUUUCAAGAUUCUGUAUAAUGGACAGAGUGUGGAGGUGCAGGGGAACCUGAAGCGCAAGAUGAUCACAAAGCUGCAGCCCGACACAGAGUACUCCUUUGCUUUGAUGAGCCGUGGGAACAAUGCCGGAGGUCUCCAGCAGGUGGUGUCGAUUCGAACAGCUCCCGACGUGCUUAAGACCAAGCCGGUUCUGUUCAGCAAAAAUGAGGAGGGGGAUGGCAAGCUCACCAUUAACCUGCCUAAAGUCCAGACUGAAGCGCCUGUCAGGUGGUAUUAUAUUGUGGUGCUGCCUGUCACACAAGCAACCUCUAGAAAAUGGGAGAACCCAGAUGAAUUGGAACUGGAUAAUCUGCUGGAGGCAAGUGAGAACCCGCGGCGACAUAGCCGUCAGACAGAGGUGCUGAAGCCUUACAUUGCUGCUAAACUGGACUCUCUUCCGGACACCUUCACGCUGGGAGAUGAGAAGUACUACAACGGCUUCUACAACAAGCUCCUGCCCGGGGAACAGAAGUACCUGUGCUUCGUUCUGGCAGCCUUGGAGGAUAAAAAUACAAAGACAUUCGCAGCGAGCCCCUACUCAGACCCGAUCCAGGUCAAGGUGUCUCCUGACAUGGCCAAGCAGCAAGAGGACCCCGAGAUGCUGUGGGUGAUGGGACCGGUCCUUGCAGUCAUUCUGAUCAUCAUCAUUGUCAUCGCAAUCCUGCUGUUUAAGAGAAAACGUGCCUCCCCGUCGGCAAAAGAUGACCACUCUGGUGGCGUUAAGGACUCUCUGCUGGCCCACUCUACAGACCCUGUGGAGAUGCGACGCCUCAAUUACCAGACUCCAGGUCCAAGUGCCCCCAGUUGCCUGAACAUUUCAAGCAUGAGAGAGCACCCUCCCAUCUCUGUCACAGAGCUUGCGGAUCACAUUGAGAGGCUGAAGGCCAACGAUGGGUUGCGAUUCUCCCAGGAGUACGAGUCCGUAGACCCUGGACAGCAGUUCACCUGGGAGAAUUCGAAUCUGGAGGUCAACAAACCAAAGAACCGCUAUGCAAAUGUAAUCUCAUACGACCAUUCCAGGGUCAUCCUCACCUCCAUCGAUGGUGUGCCAGGCAGUGACUACAUCAACGCAAAUUACAUUGACGGCUAUCGGAAGCAGAACGCCUACAUUGCCACCCAGGGCCCCCUGCCCGAGACACUCAGCGAUUUCUGGAGGAUGGUGUGGGAGCAGCGGACCAAUACCAUUGUGAUGAUGACCCGGCUAGAGGAGAAAUCCAGGGUGAAGUGCGACCAGUACUGGCCAAGCCGUGGCACAGAGACAUACGGCAUGAUUCAGGUGACGAUGCUGGACACUGUGGAGCUUGCCACCUAUAGCGUCAGGACUUUCGCUCUCUACAAGAACGGCUCCAGCGAGAAGCGGGAAUUGAGACAGUUCCAGUUCAUGGCCUGGCCGGACCACGGAGUGCCUGAGUACCCGACCCCCAUCCUGGCUUUCCUGAGGAGAGUGAAGGCUUGCAAUCCCCCAGACGCGGGGCCUAUGGUGGUACACUGCAGCGCUGGCGUGGGGCGGACAGGCUGCUUGAUCGUGAUCGAGGCCAUGCUGGAGCGCAUGAAGCACGAGAAGUCGGUCGACAUUUAUGGACACGUGACCUGCAUGCGCUCCCAGCGUAACUACAUGGUACAGACAGAGGACCAGUACAUCUUCAUUCACGAAGCUCUGCUGGAGGCAGCCAUCUGCGGUAACACAGAGGUCCCGGCACGAAACCUCUACGCACACAUCCAGAAAAUGACGCAGGUCCCGCCAGGGGAUACCGUCACCUCCAUGGAGCUCGAGUUCAAGCGACUAGCCAACUCCAAAGCACAUACCUCCCGAUUUAUCAGUGCCAACCUCCCGUGCAACAAGUUCAAGAACCGACUUGUGAACAUCAUGCCCUUUGAGUCUACCCGUGUUUGUCUGCAGCCAAUCAGAGGGGUGGAGGGAUCAGAUUACAUCAACGCCAGCUUUAUCGACGGCUACAGGCAGCAGAAAGCCUACGUCGCAACACAGGGACCCCUGGCAGAGACCACUGAGGAUUUCUGGAGAAUGCUGUGGGAGCAUAACUCCACUAUUGUGGUGAUGCUAACCAAGCUAAGAGAAAUGGGACGGGAAAAAUGCCAUCAGUACUGGCCUGCAGAGCGAUCGGCUCGAUACCAGUAUUUUGUGGUGGAUCCCAUGGCAGAGUACAACAUGCCCCAGUAUAUCCUGCGGGAGUUCAAGGUCACCGAUGCUAGGGACGGCCAGUCGCGGACCAUUCGCCAAUUCCAGUUCACAGAUUGGCCAGAGCAAGGAGUGCCAAAAACCGGGGAGGGAUUCAUUGAUUUCAUUGGCCAAGUACACAAAACUAAGGAGCAGUUCGGCCAGGAUGGACCAAUCACUGUGCACUGCAGUGCUGGCGUGGGCAGGACAGGAGUGUUCAUCACGCUCAGUAUUGUGCUGGAGAGGAUGAGGUAUGAGGGUGUUGUGGAUCUCUUCCAGACUGUGAAGACACUGCGGACUCAGAGACCAGCCAUGGUGCAGACAGAGGAUCAGUACCAGCUGUGUUAUAGAGCAGCCCUGGAGUACCUGGGCAGCUUCGAUCACUAUGCAACGUAACUACGCCUGGCUGCCCCAGAACCUUCAGGAGUACAAAAGUGCUCCUCCUGAGCCAUAUCCACUCACCUGAUUCUGUACAGAAGCUGCCAGAAGGGAGGAGGAGGAGGAGAUCCCAACUGGUGAACCCCCAAAUGCAGUCUCUGCGGACUGAGACACACAGAUUGCUUCAAAAUUUAAAAAAAUGAAAAAUACAUCAAGCUAACAGCUAAGCGCAUAACAUCCCUCCCUUUUAAUGGUGCCCCUUAUAAAAGUUUCCUAUAGUAAAAGUAUAGCAAACUAAUAGUGUUUUGAAAGGAUGCUAAAGCAUAACUAAGCAUUGUAAAGAGGUAUGGUAAAAUAUAUUAAUAAACAGGGUAAACUAUGGCAAAGGCAUGCUAUACCCAUGGGAAAAGCAUACUAAAACUGCAAAAAUACACUGGCAAUCUUUUAUAAGGGACACUCUUGGUAGAUAUUAUUAUUUUUGCUUUUUUAUAUUAUUUAGAAUGUGUUUUUUAUAAUAAUUUACACCAGUAAUUUUCUUUUCUAAGUCUUAAUCAUGACCUGAACUAUGGGUCCUUAUUUUCUUUAAUUGGUACAUAUUUCAUUUUAUUUUUAAAAAAAUUUUAUAGAUCAUAUUAGCAAUCGGGCCUUUGCAUUUUUAGCACAGAUCCCGAAACAACUAAUCCUGGAAAAACCAUUCAUUCUGUGAGCUCCAGUUGAUUUUAAUUGUAUUAUAUAUUUUUUUUCCUUGUGUAUAAUUUGGGCUUUAUUCAGUGAAAUGGGAAUUCAACUUUUUAUAAGCCUUUUCACUUCCUGGUACUUUAUAUAAAAAGAAAAAAAAAGAAAAAAAAAAUUAUACACAGGAGUUAGUGGUACUAUAUAAACCCAUUAGAAAAUUUCAGCCAUGUACAGAUUCUAGCUUGGUUCUCAAUAACUGUUAACUAUGAUUUAUAUAAAAAAAAAAAUUUAAAAAAAAGGAAACCUGUCGCCUAAAGAUCUGUAUCCACAGUGCAAAAGAAGACAGUUGGAUAUUGGAGAUUUCUCUGAAAAACAAUUCAAAACUGAUUCAUGUUGCCGCUGGUUCCUAAUCUGGAACACCAAAUGUCUGUGCAUGCAGCAGUUGUGCGUAAGGGUCGGAUAGCUCAAAGAGAAUGGGAACAAACUCUGUACUGGAGAGCAUCACAGUGCAGGAAGGCCAGCACCAUGUAUCACAACAUUUACAAUUAGAAAUCACUGAACAUUAACAACAAACUAUGGGGGGACUUGACAGAGGGGAAAACAAGUAUUUUUCCUUGGAUUGGCCUGUUGUUAUUUUUUUAUAUCUAUAAACAUAUAUAUAUAGUUCUUGCUAUCCUGCAAAAGCAUCAACAGUUGUUCAAUAUUCCACUUGCCAUUUAUCCAGGAUUUUCUUGACAAACCAAUGUGGGGAAUUAAUAAAAAAAGACUAUUGUAAUUCAAGAUGUAUUAACGGUACUAUGUUAUAAAUACUGUAUUAUCAUUGCUGUCACAGAAAUAGAGAAUGCUACUUCUCUAACACGGUGAAGCAAAACUAAAGGUUAUGGUGGAGGAUUUAUACAUGUAAUCAAGCUUCAUUCAGAAUGAUUAAAAGGAAAGCGUGGCUAAGUGAAUACAGGGGAUUUAAAUGUUGGAAAGCAUUCAUUUUUACCUUGUGUAUGCAUAGUGCUGUAGGGGUUAAAUCUGUUGUAUACACAGUCUGUUUUCUAUUUGUUAAUAAAAAAAAAAAAGAAUAAAAAAAACGUUGCAAAAAAUCCUUGAUGUUAAUAAAGUUGAAUAAUUGGGUUUUAUACAA